AUUCAGAGCUCAGUCGAUCAGGACCAUCACAUCUGCUCUGCUCUCUGCACUCUUUGCUUCUCUCUCAUUCAUUCACACAUUCAUUCACUCUUUGGAUCUGAAUCAUGUCCAGUUGGCGUCUCCUGUCUGUUUAUCUGAGUGGAGCUUCACUGAUCCUGCUGCUGACUGCUGUAUCUGAGGCUCAGUUCUACGACUUCACUCCGACGCCGGACUACGACGACUACAACGCCACCUUCGACUACAGUUUCUACAGUAAUGCCAGCAGUGAGGACCUGGACAAGUUCAGCGCGCCGUUCAUUGACGAUGAGGAAGAGGAGGAUACGGGAGGUCAGCAGGAAGAAGAGGAAGUGACUGUUACUGCUGCAGCAACUGCGGCAACGACUGUGGCAAUGACUGCAGCAACAGCUCGAGGGACCACACCACAGGGCGAGGAUGACAGUAGCAAUGCAGCAUCACUUCCUGUUUCUCUGGAAAUGAGUACGCUCAUCUGGACUCUGCUGAUCCUGAUCGCACUGAAUGCACAGCAGCUACAACACACACUAUGAGAGUGCACUCACACACUCAGCUGCUUAGGGGUAACAAUAAUGAGCAGCUGGUGUCAGAACAGUCGGAUCCUGCAGCGUGGGUCACCUGAUGAGGUGGGAGGGGGUUGCAGUCACCGCUGUGACCUUUGACCUCCACGUAGGAGCCACAGCUUCCCUUGGCAUGGGUUUACAGGCUGACCUCAGCCAAUCACAGAGCUUUCACAGUUCACUGCAACGGCAACGUCACCAAAUCUUCUUAUCCAUAUAAAACUUUAUCACAUUGUUCACUGCUUUAUUUAAACGUUCAGGACCAAACAGGAUCUUCCUUAUAUGGUCAGAUUUUAUAUCUGUAAAUAUGGAAGUUUAUAAAUGACAAAACUGUUGAGAGCAAAAUAAAAAUAAGCCAUGAUGAUGUCACACUGAAGCUAACCUUUGACCUUCUGGAUAUAAAUUGUCAUCACUUAAUAUGAAGUUUUGUCAUCGUUAGCAUCUAAUGUCUUAAGUUAUGGCCAAAAAUAUGUUUUGUGAGGUCACAGUGACCUUUGACCUUUAACCACAAAUUUCUAAUAUUUUAGCAUUGAGUCCAAUCGGUGUCAAAUUUAAAGAAAUUCCAUUAAGGCUUUCUUGAAAUAUAUUGUUCACGAGACUAAGACGUACAAGUCAUUAGCUACUUAACAUUAGCUGUUAGCGGUUAUAAGCUAGUUAAUGUUGGCUGUUAGUAGCAAGUUAACAUUAGCUAAUUAACUUUUAUCAGCCAGCUGUGAGCUUUUAUCAGCUAUCAGCCAACUUUAACUGUUAGCUGUUAGCACCUAAUUAAUGUUAGCUGUUAGCUGUUAAUCAACAUAAGUUGUUAGCUGGUCUCAGCCAGUUAAAAUAAGUUUUUAGCUGUUAUCAGCUAGUUAACAUUUACUUAAAUCAGUGAAUUAGCAUUAGCUGUAGGCUGGUAUCAGCUAGUUAUCAUCAUCCACUGCCUGUUAGCAACAAGUUAACAUUAGCUGUGAGCUUUUAUCAGCUAGUUAACAUUAGCUGUUAGCACCUAGUUAAUGUUAGCUGUUAGCAACUAGUUAACGUAAGCUGUUAGCUUGUCUCAGCUAGUUAAAAUUAGUUGUUAGCUGUUAUCAACCUGUAAACAUUAACUAUUAUCAGCUAGUUAACAUUAGCUGAUAGCAGCACUAAUGAGAGGUUGGAACAAUGAGAGGUCGGAACAAUGCUACGGCACCGUUAAUGUUAGCGGUUGACAGCUAGUUAAUGGUAGCAGCAUUUUGAGAUGUUCAAGCUCUAUUCAGUAAAAAUGAGUACUGGACGAAGAUUAAAUUAUAACAUUGUCAUUAUGCAUUCAAUGUAAUCUUGUAAAAUUUAGUGCUUUGGUGAGAAACUGAAUAAAUACAGCUAUUUGAAGGAGAAAAUUGCCGAUGUUUUCUCAGAAAUAUAAAAUAGAUAUCAAUUAUCAGUAAUUAUUUUUAACGUUGGUAUUGACCAAGAAUUUCAGCGCAUCACUAAAAAUAUUUCAGCAUUAUUUUUAACACUUUUUAAAUUAGUUUUCUCUACAAUGGUUUUGUCUUUAUUGAACUUCCCUACCCCCAUCAAAGACUCACAGAGGUUUAUUUAGAGCUUUAUUUAUGAUGUUAAACCUCAGAGUGAUGGUGGAACAACAGCGCCCCCUGAUGUUACAGUGUGAAACACAGUGAGGUCAUAUUAGAUGGUUAAAUACUGUUUAUAUAAGAAAAAAGAUAUGAAAUUUAAAAAAGUUAAUCUACAACUUUUAUUUGAUGGCUGACAACUUGUGUCAUCAAAAAUGAAAAAAUGUCACUGUGAAUCCGACGACAGCACUUUGUAAACAAAGCUGUUUUUGAUUGAUGUUUGAAAGAUGUUUUGUUCAGCUUUUUUAAUUUUAAAAAAUGUACAGAAUUAUCCAAAAAUGUCAUUAAAACAUAUUUUAGUUUAAUACGAGAACAUUGGAGAACAUCCAGAUAAAUCCGGAACAGAUUUUUGUAUGUUUGCUUGUUUUGCAAUAAAAUAUAU